CUGCUUAACCAUGAAUCUUAAACCGGCAUAAUCUUUUUCCAGGCUGCCACAAAAUGACCAAAACCUUUUACGCCUGUAACUGGGCCAAGUCCCGGAUUACUGUGGAAUAUCUGAACGGAUGCGUCCUAACAGGCGCUUGAGGAAAUAAAGAAAACAUCCACUGGAGAGCCCCGGGCACAGAAUUUCCCCCUCAACCCAAGGAUGGGGAAGUUGUCAUUUUGUUGAUCAUCUUCAACGAGGGUUCAGCCUGCCCGGGUCAAAACUUUACCGCGAUGUGCUUGCUGCCUUUCAAUUACACCCCCAAGACAUUGGUCCAAAUUCCGUGUCCAACAUCUGUAAUUUCCAAGUUUUCUGUGAAGUUUAUCUACAAGAGGAGCCCACAGUUGACCUAUUCCGGGAUUUGUUUUACUUAAACUGCCAUAUGGAGUUCACAGAUGGACCAAACACUGAGCUUGGCGGGGUGGCUAUUCAGAAAAGAAAAGAUGUUGACUUCCCCCAUGAAAAACAUGCCAGCCAUCCUAAGGAUUGGAACCAUACUUGGUUCUAUUGUAAAGAUACCUCCCCGGAAGGCAAAAAUCCCUUGCCGGGUUAUCGUGCUCACAGGCUUCCCAACACUCAUCCUUUCCCUCAACGAAUGACUGCUAAGGAACGAUCCCAAUAUGCACCUCAGCUGUCAAAACUCAGAGCCUUUAUGGCCAACGGUUUAACGGGCAAUGAUUUUGUCCGCUGCUGGUUAUCAUGGAGUAUCUUGCCAUUAAGCCGCCGCUCUGGUUUAAUGUGUGAGUAUACAGGAGCUGUGACAGAUCUGUUGCGCCACACUGACGUUCAGCUGUCUGAGGCUGAAAUUACUGAAGCUGUGAAGAAAAUGCUGGAUGAACCAGUCGAGGACUGCAGCAAAACAGGACUUAGUCCUUUUUACGCUUUGAACAAACUGCCAGGGGGUGAUGAUCCAUUCUGGAAGAAAAAGCCUGAGGAUAAAGCGCCCAAACCAUCCAGGGUGGGUCGUCCUAAGCACAAGGUCACUAAACAGGCUGGCAAGAAGAAGACCGCUGACUCAGCUGAUGCUGAUGACGCCCUUGACAACCAAGAGUCAGAGGGCGAGGGGGACGUCAGUCGUGCAGGUGACGUAGAGGUAAUUAUUCUCUCAUCCGGUUCAGAAUCUCUGCCCACUCAAAAAGCUCGGCGAGUAAUCCGGAAAGUAAGAUUUUCUCACCCCCUAGCUCACUUGGACAAAAACUUUCUGUUGAAGAAACAGCAAGUCGAAGCUCGCCGCCAAACCCGGCAUAGUGGCCAAAAAGUCACCUCCUCCGGUUUACCGAACACACCGGUAACCUCUCAUUCCUCUUCUGGUGAGUCCACAGGGACUCAAGUCCCCGUCCUUAAGACAGUUCCUGGGGCCCAAGCUAGAGCCAGGAAACGGGCAAAGCCCAACAGUCCGGCGGUUGAACCCAAACUUCUGAACCGGAGGAACACCCGGAGGCUCAUACUCAGACCGACGAGGCUGUCCUGGAUGACCCGCCACCUGAAAGCCAUGACGCCGAUGUGGAGCAGAUGGAGACUGAUCCGCCAAGUCCUGCUGCCAACCCGCCGAGCCCUAUUGUUAAACCGUCUGCUGCUAACCCGCCAAGCUCCUCCAAGCCUGCUGAUGAUUAGACUGACGAUGUCAUGAUUACUGGUCUGGGUUUCACAGCUCCGGGUAAUCCGAUGGCUUUAUCAAGACAUAGUGCCAAAGAGGAAUUUGCUGCUAUGGAUAAAGGCAAGAUGAAGGCAAAUUUGGAAAACCUUGCCCACCUCAACGCUCCGGACCUUCAUUCCGGCCUCUUGAACCGCUUCUAUACAAAUCGUGACUAUGAAGCCGGUUUAUUAAACAUGAUGAAGGAACGGUAUGAGGCUGAGCUUGUCAAAAAGGAUUCCCAAGUUAUUGAUUUGCAGGAGAAUAUCAAGUCACAACAAGCAGAGACCUCUAAGGCCAAAGAGGAACUGAACGACGCUUUAGCCAACAUAGAAAAGUUGAAAGAGAGCUUCAAGAAUGACCGAGCAAAUUGGGAUGCAGAAAAGGCAACUCUCUUGAAACGGGCUGAAGAUGCUGAAGCAGCUCUCAAUCCGGUGAAGGUAGAGUUGGGCGGUUUAAGGUAACAAAUAAAUGCCAUGAGUACUACUGUAUUUGGAUCCCGUGUUGCACAUCUUGGCUCAGAUUCACGGCAAAAACUGGAGGCUGCCUAUACUCUGAUAGAGCAGCUAUAUACCGGCGUCCAACGGGUUAGUUGCACAUCAUCUCAUGAUAAACCGCCCCCAACCUUGAUCAAGGAAACUCUGAGAUGGCUGUCCAUGAUACCCGGACGAUUGAUUGAGUUCAAGAAGUCAGCUACCAGAGCAGGUGCCCUUACGACGCUAACCCGGGCCAAAGCCUGGGUUCCUGAUCUUAAUCCGGCUGAUUUGGGGAAUGGCUAUCCCAGCCUGAAGGAGGACGGGUCAGAGUUUGAUAACAAUGAUCUCAGAGCCUUAACAAGGGAAAUGCGUCCCUGGGCAAGCAAAUUGGCUGAGGAGACUGAUCUUUCAUAUCACCAUGCGGCUUAUGAUACCAAUAACAAGAAAGCCAACCCGCCAACCUAUGAAGCGCCAAGCCUGAUCCCGCCAUUUCAUAAGCAUACUUAUGCCCCUGACAUUGACCCCUCAUCCCUUAUACACGACGAAGCAGUGUUCAGGGCUUUAACUGGUAUCGCCUGGACCACCAAUGACUUCCAGUUGCUGGGUAGAAGAGAGGAAGAUGAAGCGGCGCAAGACGAUCCGCAACCCUCAAGCCAGCCGGGUCAAGAUUCAUGAACCGGCGGCCAGUUUAACUGCAUGCUCCAAUACUUUAUGUGAAACAAUUAUUCUGUGGGCACCAAGCGCCUUGUAAUAGGCUAGUAUUAAACACUUCUUCUGCUAUGCCAUCAUGCAUACUUGCUUUUACAUGACACUGACAAUCUGCCAUAUUUAAGAUAUCCCUUGAUGCUUUUAUGACAGAAA